ACAAUUAUGUUGUUACUUCCUUAAAAUUAUGUGUUCCUUUUUUUGUCACCUGGCAACGGUACUUCGUUCUAAUUCCUUUGCUAAUUUUGUUAAGUUUAAGAAAGACACUGCAAGAGUUGCGAAUAUGAAAGAACUUAAGAAUUCGGGCAACGGUAGUUCUUCGAAAAAUGGCAAGAACUCACAGCAUCACUUUAGAAAUGUAAUUAUUGAAGGAGUGGAAUUAUUCCAGCGUGCGGGAAUUUUAAAUGAAACAAUUUUCGAUGAAAUUUAUAACAAACGUCAAAUUGUGGCCUUAAGUGCAAAUAGUAUUCCGUUAGAUCUGGUCACAACAUCUGCUAAAGUUCAAAAAUUCAAUUGCGAAGUAACUUAUCCUCUGCAGUUCAGCAUUGACAACCCUUUGGAUGCCGUCAUAUUAUUGCGAAGUUGUGAAAGGAGUGUCCUGCUUCAGGCCUUAGACAUUCUAAUCGCCUGUUGUGAGGAUCGGUUGCAAUUUUCUUCCAAAAAUGUUGUUUAUGGCCCCGACGAAGGAGGCAACGGCUACGUUAAAGCCGCACUUCUGCAUGUAUCAAUGGCUGUGGCAAGAAUUAUUCAGCUUUUAUCAAGUGAUUGUUCCAGUAUCCAACUUCGAGCGGCAAUUCUAUUUGCGAGUUUGUCGCAGUCCAGCGUUUGCGUGGCAGAGCUGGAGCGUAUUUCGUGGAUUGCCGAAGUGGAAAAACUUUUUACCGUUCGCACGCGUUCGCUGCUGCUGGAUCCACUAACCUAUGCUUUGCGCAACCUUGCCGUUAUACAUAGUGUUCAGCAUUCAGUACUCGAACUUGGCUUGUUGGAAAACCUUUUACAGAUAGUGUUGCUUGAUGCUCAGGAUCCUGAUGUAAUUGAGAACGUUCUUGAGGCUCUGGAAAGACUGAGCGCUAAUGAGGACAUUCAAAAAUGGUUGAUUCUGCAAGGUGGAUUUGAAGCCGCAUGUCAACAGGCAGUCAGCGAGAUUCCCACCAUCCAGUGUAUUGCUUUGAAGCUUAUGCAUCGUUUAUUGACCGCACCAGUCGAGAAAGCAAUUGAUCGGUUUCGCGAAGCAGGAGGUAUGUCCACAAUACUGUCGAUCUUCAGCUCGAAGGAAUUCCAAUUUCUCCAUGCCCAAACUCUGGAGAUUCUAUGCAAUCUACUGGGUAUCCCAAGUAUUACACAUGAACUAGGAAAGCAACGUAUCUAUGACUGCCUGCUUGAUAUGGCACUAUCGAUUGAUUACGCCGAGGCCGACAACGUUCAAAUCUUUGCUUUGCGAUGCAUUUCAAAUGCAGCUUCUUAUCCAGAAGAAUGUUUGUUAAUGAGCAGUAGCGGGGUAGCCAAAAAACUGAUGCGAAUACUAGAAGCAAGUUCACCACAAGUUCAAUCCGUCGUUUUGCAAGUUAUCGGAAAGCUUGCUGUAAACGACGUUUGCCGGAAGAAUUUCCAAGAUCAAUCCGUGCCAGCUCGACUUAUCCUGCUACUGAAAUCCAAACACGCAUGUGUACGCGAAUGGGCGUUUUUCGCAGUCAAUAAUUUUGUGCUACGAGACCAGCAAUUUCAGAACGAAUUUCAUAAGGAAAAGUUAGCUGACAUAAUCGAUGCAUCGUUCAGUGAUAUAAUUUCGGUCCAAAACGCAGGCUUACUGGGAAACAUAAUUUCUUGCAUCACAAACAUUUGCGAUCGAGAAGAUACGAAGCGCGCUUUGGAAGGACUUGUAUUUCGUAGUUUGUCUACAUGGUUAACCCAUCCGGAUGAAACAGUACGCAUUCCAGCUGUUGCAUGCGCCGUCAUUUUUACAAAAUCUGAUUUGGGCAAGACAGAGUUCACCAAAAUGAACGGUUACGCUCUCUUGACCGCGAUGAUGGACAAUCCGUGCAGUGAAGAGGUGUUUCGCAAAGUGACCUUUGCAAUCUCCGUGCUGGCUAUAACGAAGGAUGCUGUAUUUAAGCUGGCGUCUGCUGGCUGUAUUCAACGGCUGCUUACAGCACAGCGCUGUAUGAAUCCUGUCAAUCAGCAGAGCGCAGUGACGGCGCUUCGGCGUCUUGCUGACUGGAACACUUCAUUCAAAUUCGCUCUGUUAGAUACGCUUAGCUCCGACGAUCGCAUUGAACAUGGCUUUUAUGAUAUGCGAGCGGGAAUUAAAGAAUCAGGAUUUUGGAGCUUCGAAGAAUUUCUACAAAACAAGCAUUCGCCAGAAAUGUCACCAGUUGUUUACAUCUGCGUCAGAGAUUUUGCAGUCCCGGCACGUGGUGGUGCAGCAGACACAGAAAACGGACAGCUCGGAAUUGACAAUGGCGCCACAUCUUCUCGAUUGGAAGAGUCGCCCGAUUCGUCGACUGUUUCUAUAAAGCUCAGCAAGGAUCACUCGAAAAUUCCGGCCGACCAGAAUCUUGUAAAAAUGGUAAGUGAGGCGACGGAUGCAUUGAAAGGAAGUCGCUCGAUCAGGGAAGAGAUGUCGAUUUUAGCUAAACUCGUGGCUUCCCAUAUGAGCUGUAUGGAUCCAGAAAGCUAUGCAGGCCCUGUUCGAACCCUGUCAGAUAAUAUGUUGGAUAACAGGUGCGUGCCCCUGGGACAAAUUUUAAGCAGAAGUUGCUAUUACCGUGCUAUUUUGUUCAAGUAUCUGGUAGACCAGUUUCUUUUACCCGUAUCGCUGCAUCGCAAAGACAAUUGUUGUUGGAAUGAAGUCAGUCUUGAAGCAAAUUACAUCGUCGACUUGAUCUAUGUGCCGGGAAAAUUAAUAAUGCGCGAUUCACCCGAAGGAGAAGCUUACGUUUCGGCUGACUGCAGCACUUUCACUCCUUAUCGCGUGGCGAACAGUCCUUCAGCUUGCGAGCAGAAAGCGUCAGAACUCGCUCAGCACCGUGUUUGGCAAGAACUACGCAUGAACACCGUUAGCCCUAACCAAACAGUUAUGGAGCUUCUAGGAACUGCCUUAGAAAGACCGAACUCUGCCGCGGACAGCACUGUCAAAACCGAGAAGCACAUUCAAAGUAGCGAAUCAGUCAGCGUUACAUCAUCAAUGGAUCUUUCACCCUACCAAGAACAGUCUAUUCAACGUCUGGCUGCAUUCAUUGAAAAAGAAAUGACUGCGGCUGGUGCAGCGGUAGCGCGCAGAGAAGCAGAAAAACCUGCACCAGAGCAGAUGAGAAAUUCUCAAUGGCCGCAUCCCGGAAAAGAGAAGGCAUCUUUGGCACCUUCUUCUGGUCUCAUCGCCAAGGCUGAAGGGAAAAAUAAUAAAACCGAAAUCACAGCUAACUCAAACGAACGGCAGUCAGAUCAGUUGAAAAAGCAAAGUCGUGAUCCGCUUACAACUGCACGACUUGUGCGGGAGAUGAAAGAUGAAACAGAUGAAUGUCCUUUGGACUGGAACCGACUCAAAUUGGACUGGCACGAAGACGGACGAAAUGAAAAACAAUCAGUUGCAAACCCCCCUGACCGAAUUUCAUCGUUUGGUUGUACUUCUGACGCGGCAGAUUCUUUGAAACAAAUGUGGCUGCCAAUGGAAUCACACGAACGUACUCUGCUUGAACAAUGGGAAAUGGAUUUUGAUGAUUCUGAUGCACUUUAAGAGAGAAACUGACAAAUGCUUUUUUUUAAGUCCGUUAACGACUUAAUGGUAAAAAAGAGACAAAAAAGGGACAAAAAAGUUUCACAUGCCGACUACGCCCAUACGUGUGCGGACUGGGAAUGUAUAAAAAGCAUUAUUAUUAUGUGCAAAAC